AUGACCAUCCGCCCCGCCAUAUUCACGCCAGACGUCCUCUUGAGCGCUCCCCGUCGCUCGGCCGCCAUUCCCAACGCGUCUGGGACCUUGGUCGCAUACACCCAAACCAAGUAUUCAUUCGAUUCGCAUUCGAGCUCCUCCGAGCUCCGCGUCUUGGACGUGGCGUCAAGAGUGUCGGCUCUCAUCACAGAUGAUUUUAAAGGCGAGCCUCAAUGGCUCGGUGAUGGUGACCAGCUAGUUUGGCUGAGAGGAAGAGAGAAUGGCAACACAAGCAUUGUCAUUGGCAGUGCUCGGAACGAGAAACCAUACGUCGCAGGAGUGGUGCCAGGGCCUGUUGACAACCUCAAGAUUACACAGCUUUCGCCAAGUGAAUUCGGGUUUGCCGUCUCUGGUAAAGCUAACCCGGACGGCUCGCUCUACAACCCUUCUGAUGUCAAAGCGCCAUUCAGUUCGGGGAAACUAUAUACCUCGCUCUUCGUGCGGCACUGGGAUGAAUAUAUAUCCCCUCAGAGGAAUGCAAUUUGGCUUGGAGUUUUACAGCGGCUACCCGUGGGGAACAGCUCGGCCUUUCAGUCGUCUGGUCUCGUAAACUUGUUUCUGCUUGCAGGAUUGAAUAACGUCGAAUCGCCGAUCCCACCAUUUGGUGGAACGGACCACUUUGACAUCUGCAACCGAGGAGUCGUGUUUAUCUCUAAAGACCCGAAGUUGAACCCGGCUACCCAUACGAAAUGCGUUUGCUAUUAUUGUCCAUUGUCAUCAUGGACCAACCCCAUGCCAUUGAAAGCGAGGACGAUCAACAUACCGUGGCUUAACGGAGCUUUGGCUAGUCCUGUGAUCUCUCCCGUUAACAAUACCCUGGCCUUCUUAGCAAUGAAAAUGGAUGGAUAUGAGGCAGAUAAAAACAGGAUCAUUUUGGUCCAUGGCUUAUUUGACGGUUCUUCCGACGCUGUUGAACUAUUCGCAGGCGCAGAUGGCACUGGCCAGUGGGACCGGAGCCCAGACUCUCUGACAUGGGCCCACGAUGACUCGUCCCUUUUUAUGCAGGUGCCGGAUACUGGGCGCCAGGUGGUGUUUCAACUGCCGCUCAACAGGUCAAGAUUGUCGUCGGUCGACCACCUUAUCAAACUUACCCACUCCGGUUCUAUUUCGAAGGUUGUGUCCAGGCCCUGUGGGCUUUUUCUCUCCAGUAGUAGCCUGGUCGAAAGUAGCCUCUACUCCAUAAUAACAUUUUCUGACUCAGUUAGAACAACCGUGCUUUCCUCGAGUUCAAAAAACGGUGCUUCGUUUGGGUUGUCCGAGUCUCAGAUCGACGAAAUAUGGUGGAAAGGCGCGCGUGGCCGGGACGUUCACGGAUGGAUUGUGAAACCGUCCAAAUUCAACCCUGGAGAGAAAUAUCCUCUUUGUUUUCUUGUCCAUGGUGGCCCACAGUCAGCGUGGCUGGACCAGUGGAGUACACGCUGGAACCCACUGGUGUUCGCGGAGCAAGGCUAUGUAGUAUUCACGCCUAAUCCAACUGGUAGUACUAGUUACGGACAAGCAUUCACCGACGAUAUUCGGGGAUCAUGGGGUGGCUAUCCCUAUGAAGAUCUUGUGAGAGGAUUUGAAUUCAUUGAACAAAAUCUUGCCUAUGUGGACACAAGCCGAGCCGUCGCGUUAGGAGCGUCAUACGGCGGCUUCAUGAUGAAUUGGAUCCAAGGCCACGAACUCGGGCGCAAAUUCAAGGCUCUUGUCACUCAUGAUGGUAUUUUCAGCACAAAAUUUGCGCUAGCCACUGAAGAGUUGUAUUUCCCAAUUCAUGAUUUGAAAGGGACGUAUUGGCAAUCCCGCGAUGUCUGGGGGCGUUGGGAUCCGUCCGAGUUUGUGCCCAACUGGCAAACACCGCAUCUUGUCAUUCACAGUGCUCUGGAUUAUCGUUUGUCUAUUGCGGAGGGCCUGGCUACUUUCAAUGCCUUGCAGAUGCAGGGAGUAGAAAGCGCCUUUCUCACAUUUCCAGACGAGAACCACUGGGUAUUGAAGCCCGAGAAUUCCCUGGUUUGGCAUCGAACAGUCAUCAACUGGAUCAACAAGUACGCUGGAUUGGCACCAUGGCUUGAUAAGAAUGGCUCGGAUGGGUUUCCGGCCGAAGACGAGGACCAAAAAUUGGCACGGGCCCAGGCAAGCUUUCUCUGGUCUACACUUCAGCUCGCUGCUUAG